UACUCCAAUGAAUUAAUGUACUCCAGGCCAGCUAGCUAGCUAGGUCACUAGUAGUAGUUACGCUGUAGUGAUGUGAGCUGCACCUAAGAUGAAAUCCUAGUUAAAAUCCGAUUAGUUAAUUAGUUAGUUAAGUGAUGUGGUAGCUGGUUAAGUAAUUGAAGGUACUCCGAUCCUAUUAUAAAUAUGAGUGCACCCCUUGGUCCAUAGAUGUAUCUGAAUACACUGGCUAGCAAGCAAAGCUAGGUAGAGGCCAGGCCAUAGAUCGAGAUCGAUCUGCAGGUGCAGUGCGGUGGGUGGGCAUGGCGACGAAAGCUGGGGUGAUCGCCACGCUCCUGGCCCUGAACCUCCACUUCUUCACCUUCUCCGACGCGUGCGGCUGCCAGUGCGGCUCAUGCCCUAGUCCCGGCGGAGGAGGCGGUGGCGGUGGCGGUGGCGGUGGCGGUGGUGGAGGGCGUGGAGGUGGUGGCGGGAGCGGCGGAGGUUCAGGUGGAGGCGGCGGUUCAGGUGGAGGAGGAAGCGGCGGCGGAGGUUCAGGCGGUGGAGGAAGCGGAGGCGGCGGAGGAGGAGGAAGCGGCGGCGGCGGGGGAGGAGGAAGAUGCCCGAUCGACACGCUGAAGCUGGGGGUGUGCGCGAACGUGCUGAAUGGGCUGAUAAACGUGCAGCUGGGGACGCCGCCGCGGCAGCCGUGUUGCAGCCUCAUCCAGGGCCUCGCCGACCUUGAGGCCGCCGUGUGCCUCUGCACCGCCCUCCGCGCCAACAUCCUUGGCAUCAACCUCAACCUCCCCAUCAACCUCAGCCUCCUCGUCAACUACUGCGGCCGCUCCGUCCCCUCCGGCUUCCAGUGCAGCAACUAAUAUAGCUGCUGCUCCAUUCUACUUCACUGCUUGCUACACACAAGAACGUACGAAGAACGACCACCAGGCCACGUACAACUAUAUAUCUAUCUAUGUCUAAUUUGUUCCUUGUUCAAAUCAUCAUAUGUAUCUGCGUGCCUUAAUUUCCUCCUUCAUCCCGUAAAUUAAUGAGAUAUAUAUGCAUGCAUAUGAUUCAGUUCCACGACGUAAUUAAAGCAUGCUUCAUUCGUCUACUUGUAUAUGUGUAUCUGCAUAAUUGAUUAAUUAAUUUGUACUCGAUGGAUCUCAUCGUAUAUGCAUCAGUA